GGCUUACUGGUGGGACUGGGAGCUCAAUGGUGGCCUACUGGUCUGACUGGGGGCUUACUGGGAGCUUACUGAUCUUACUGGGAGGGACUGGGAGCUCAAUGGGGGCUUACUGGUGGGACUGGGAGCUCAAUGGGGGCUUACUGGUCUGACUGGGAGCUUACUGGUGUGACUGGGAGCUCAAUGGGGGCUUACUGGUGGGACUGGGAGCUCACUGGGGGCUUACUGGUCUGACUGGGAGCUCAAUGGGGGCUUACUGGUGGGACUGGGAGCUCAAUGGGGGCUUACUGGUGGGACUGGGAGCUUACUGGGAGCUUACUGGUCUUACUGGGAGGGACUGGGAGCUCAAUGGGGGCUUACUGGUGGGACUGGGAGCUCAAUGGGGGCUUACUGGUGGGACUGGGAGCUCACUGGGGGCUUACUGGUCUGACUGGGGGCUUACUGGUGGGACUGGGAGCUCAAUGGGGGCUUACUGGUCUUACUGGGGGCUUACUGGUCUUACUGGGAGCUCAAUGGGGGCUUACUGGUCUGACUGGGAGCUCACUGGGGGCUUACUGGUCGGACUGGGAGCUCAAUGGGGGCUUACUGGUCUGACUGGGAGCUCACUGGGGGCUUACUGGUGGGACUGGGAGCUCAAUGGGGGCUUACUGGUGUGACUGGGAGCUUACUGGUCGGACUGGGAGCUCAAUGGUGGCUUACUGGUGGGACUGGGAGCUCACUGGGAGCUUACUGGUCUGACUGGGAGCUUACUGGUCUGACUGGGAGCUCAAUGGGGGCUUACUGGUCUUACUGGGGGAUCACUGGGAGCUUACUGGUGGGACUGGGAGCUCAAUGGGGGCUUACUGGUCUGACUGGGGGCUUACUGGUGGGACUGGGAGGUCACUGGUGGGACAGGGAGGUCACUGGGGGCAUACUGGUCUGACUGGGAGCUCAAUGGGGGCUUACUGGUCUGACUGGGAGCUUACUGGUCUUACUGGUGUGACUGGGAGCUCACUGGGGGCUUACUGGUCUGACUGGGAGCUUACUGGUCUUACUGGUGUGACUGGGAGCUCAAUGGGGGCUUACUGGUCUGACUGGGAGCUUACUGGUCUUACUGGUGUGACUGGGAGCUCAAUGGGGGCUUACUGGUCUGACUGGGAGCUCAAUGGGGGCUUACUGGUGGGACUGGGAGCUCAAUGGGGGCUUACUGGUGGGACUGGGAGCUCACUGGGGGCUUACUGGUGGGACUGGGAGCUCAAUGGGGGCUUACUGGUCUGACUGGGAGCUUACUGGUCUUACUGGUGUGACUGGGAGCUCAAUGGGGGCUUACUGGUCUGACUGGGAGCUUACUGGUCCCAUACUGAUCCCAUACUGGUGUUUCAGGUCCCAUACUGGUCCCAUACUGGUGUUACUGGUCCCAUACUGGUCCCAUACUGGUCCCAUACUGGUCCCAUACUGGUGUUACUGGUCCCAUACCGGUCCCAUACUGGUCCCAUACUGAUCCCAUACUGGUGUUUCUGGUCCCAUACUGGUCCCAUACCGGUCCCAUACUGGUGUUACUGGUCCCAUACUGGUCCCAUACUGGUGUUAUUGGUCCCAUACUGGUCCAAUACUGGUCCAAUAUGUGUUACUGGUCCCAUACCGGUCCCAUACUGGUCCCAUACUGGUGUUACUGGUCCCAUACUGGUGUUACUGGUCCCAUACUGGUCCCAUACCGGUCCCAUACGGGUCCCAUACUGGUCCCAUACUGGUGUUUCUGGUCCCAUACUGGUGCUACUGGUCCCAUACCAGUCCCAUACUGGUCCCAUACCGGUGUUACUGGUCCCAUACUGGUCCCAUACUGGUCCAAUAUGUGUUACUGGUCCCAUACUGGUGUUUCUGGUCCCAUACUGGUCCCAUACUGGUGCUACUGGUCCCAUACUGGUCCCAUACCGGUGUUUCUGGUCCCAUACUGGUCCCAUACAGUUGUUACUGGUCCCAUACUGGUCCCAUACUGGUCCCAUACUGGUGUUUCUGGUCCCAUACUGGUGUUACUGGUCCCACACUGGUCCCAUACUGAUCCCAUACUGGUGUUACUGGUCCCACACUGGUCCCAUACUGAUCCCAUACUGGUGUUACUGGUCCCAUACUGGUCCCAUACUGGUGUUACUGGUCCCAUACUGGUCCCAUACCGGUCCCAUACUGAUCCCAUACUGGUGUUUCUGGUCCCAUACUGGUCUCAUACUGGUGUUACUGGUCCCAUACUGGUCCCAUACUGGUCCCAUACUGGUGUUACUGGUCCCAUACCGGUCCCAUACUGGUCCCAUACUGGUCCCAUACUGAUCCCAUACUGGUGUUUCUGGUCCCAUACUGGUCCCAUACUGGUGCUACUGGUCCCAUACUGGUCCCAUACUGGUCCCAUACCGGUCCCAUACUGGUCCCAUACUGGUCCCAUACUGGUGUUACUGGUCCCAUACUGGUGUUUCUGGUCCCAUACCGGUCCCAUACUGGUGUUACUGGUCCCAUACUGGUCCCAUACUGUUGUUACUGGUCCCAUACUGGUCCAAUACUGGUCCAAUAUGUGUUACUGGUCCCAUACCGGUCCCAUACUGGUCCCAUACUGGUGAUACUGGUCCCAUACUGGUGCUACUGGUCCAUACUGGUGUUUCUGGUCCCAUACUGGUCCCAUACCAGUCCCAUACUGCUGUUACUGGUCUCAUACUGAUCCCAUACCAGUAUUACUGGUCCCAUACUGGUGUUUCUGGUCCCAUACUGGUCCCAUACUGGUGUUACUGGUUCCAUAUUGGUCCCAUACUGGUGUUUCUGGUCCCAUACUGUUCCCAUACUGGUGUUUCUGGUCCCAUACUGGUCCCAUACCGGUCCCAUACGGGUCCCAUACUGGUCCCAUACUGGUGUUUCUGGUCCCAUGCUGGUGCUACUGGUCCCAUACUGGUCCCAUACUGGUCCCAUACCGGUGUUACUGGUCCCAUACUGGUCCCAUACCGGUCCCAUACUGGUCCCAUACUGGUGUUUCUGGUCCCAUACUGGUCUCAUACUGGUGUUUCUGGUUCCAUAUUGGUGUUACUGUUCCCAUACUGGUCCCAUACUGGUGCUACUGGUCCCAUACUGGUGUUACUGGUCCCAUACUGGUCCCAUACUGGUCCCAUACUGGUGCUACUGGUCCCAUACUGGUGUUACUGGUCCCAUACUGGUCCCAUACUGGUGUUUCUGGUCCCAUACUGAUCCCAUAUUGGUGUUACUGGUCCCAUACUGGUCCCAUACCGGUCCCAUACUGGUCCCAUACUGGUCUCAUACUGGUGUUUCUGGUUCCAUAUUGGUGUUACUGGUCCCAUACUGGUCCCAUACUGGUGUUACUGGUCCCAUACCGGUCCCAUACUGGUCCCAUACUGGUGUUACUGGUCCCAUACUGGUCCCAUACUGGUCCCAUACUGGUGUUUCUGGUCCCAUACUGAUCCCAU